ACAGAGGAAAAAAAACACAUCAGAGCCAGUCUGCCAAAUCGACCAACGGCGAAUAGUCACUCAACAAAUUUACUCGUUCACUCAGAUUUCUCCUCAGCGAAACUUUAGAUCGCUUUCGAGCUUCGUAAGAGGUCUAUACGCUUUAAGAAACGCUGUUCAACAGACUCAGUGACUACAGUAGCCAGGUCGUCGCGAACUGUACAGUCUAAGCUGACUAGCUCUGUGGUUUCCAGCUUUGCUGCGAAAACAAAUCGGAUUCGCUUUGCUGGUUCGCUCAUAUAUUUUGGCACGAAGGGAACUCUGACCUUGUUGUUUACAUGGGCGCAGGGCAGAACAUGUAUAAUGGUAGAUAGCUGAAAACUAUUCGUUUAAUUGUGCGGAAAGUGGGACAUUUAAAGGCAUUUCGGCGUCUGUUUUAGCUCGCUGGCAGGCUGGCUAAGCUAGUCGUAGGGAACUCCAAACAAACAAAAGACGUUUUUGUGUAGCUUGCGAGCUAGCGAGCUAGCUACCACACAAAAGCCAGCUAGCGCAACUCCGCUUAGCUUAGUUUGAGUUGGCUGGCGUAAGACAGCGCUAGCUCAGACGUCUUUCCACUUCCACAUAUACUCAUUUGUUAACUCGUUUAAAAAAAUAUCUCAGAAAUGGCUCAGCACAGUACGUCUCACGUCGCGAGUUCGCAAAAAGCGUUAAUGCUCGAAAUGAAAAGUCUUCAGGAGGAACCAGUCGAAGGCUUCAAAAUAACACUGGUGGACGAGGCAGAUUUGUACAACUGGGAAGUAGCCAUUUUCGGACCCCCAAAUACACUCUACGAAGGGGGUUAUUUCAAGGCACGUAUCAAGUUCCCUAUCGACUACCCCUACUCCCCACCCGCCUUCAGAUUCCUCACUAAGAUGUGGCACCCCAACAUCUAUGAGAAUGGCGAUGUGUGUAUCUCUAUCCUUCACCCUCCAGUAGACGACCCGCAGAGUGGAGAGCUGCCCUCUGAGAGGUGGAACCCAACACAGAACGUCAGGACUAUCCUACUGAGUGUCAUAUCCUUGUUGAAUGAGCCCAACACUUUCUCCCCUGCUAACGUGGACGCCUCGGUCAUGUACCGCAAAUGGAGAGACAGCAAGGGGAAGGACAGAGAGUACGCAGAGAUCAUACGGAAGCAGGUUCUGGCCACUAAAGCAGAAGCAGAACGAGACGGCGUAAAAGUUCCCACCACGCUGGCGGAGUACUGCGUGCGCACACGCGCCCCAGCAACCGACGAGGGCUCUGAUUUGUUUUACGACGAUUACUGUGAUGACGAGGACUUGGAGGAUGAUAACGAUGAGGACUGUUGCUAUGACGAGGACGACUCAGGAAAUGAGGAGUCAUGACAUCACCAUCUUUCUCCUCUUCAUCACCAUUAUCUUCACCCUGAAAAGUUGAAAAGCUGUCGCAUGUAUUCACUUUCACUUGGAUAGCUGUUUUUUUUCUUGAAAAGAACUAUCAUUUUUUUUCCAGUUCAUGUUGCUCUGAUUUUAUUUCUAGCUGGAAAAUGAAGCAUUCUGUUCUCACUUUGGUCUUGGUUGCUUUGGUCUCCCAUCCGCUUUUAAGGUUCACUGAGGGUUAUUUUUCUUUUUUUUUCUUUUUUCUUUUUCCUCAUCUAAACAUUUUUUUUUGUGCAUUUUUUUGUGAAAUCCAGACGCCUCUGCUUUGUUAGACACAUGAAUGAAAGGUGGAGUGAUAGAAUGAAUGAUGGACUAUGAAUUGGUGAAUUAGUGCUUAAAAGAGGGUGCUUUUUAUACAUGUUUAAUUUGGUUAUGCCUGUUCCAUCUGUGACGUCAUUUGCGUUACCCUUCAUCCAGUUUUCUCCUGACAGAUGUUUUAAACUGACCUAUCCAAGCUCUGCCCACGUCUUCUUUCAACUGUUGCAAUGUUGGAAAAGCUUACAGAACGUUAGCAAAAGUUCCAUUUAAACCUUAUGAAAAAAAAAAUGUGCAUAACUCAUACAAACAUUACUUGGAUCACAAUCUUGGUAUUAUGAGUCGCUAUGGGGGUUUAAGUUUAAAAUACUACUCAGCUGAAUAAUAUUGUAGCUGGCCUAAUAGAAUUAGAAGUGACAGUGGCAAAUUUGCCAUCAUGCUACAAACUGCACUACAGUUUCUCAUUAGGUUGAAUAAGAUUUUUACCAGUGUUCUGUAAAGCUUCCAACUUGGCAACAGCUGCUAUAAAAGAAUGCAUUUGUAGUUGGAGCUUGACUAGGUCAGUUAUGGAGAAUUAGCAGGUCUGACCAGUUCAGCAAUAAAAAGCAAUUUUGUCUACUUUCACGCUUCAGAGAUGAGACAUUUGAAUUGUCUAUAGCAAAGAUCUAUUCGUUCUGGUCUGGGGUGCCCUUAAAAAUGCAUUUUCUUGCUCCAAACGUUCUUGAUUGAACUAUUUAUCAAGGCUUUUCUGAGUUGAAUCAAAUGUUUGGAGCAUGGAAUACACCUGACUGGGUAGUGCAUGGGUCCCUCAAAACCAGAAACAUUGGCCUAUAGCUGGUUUUAAGUGAGUGUAGGAUCAGUCGCCUACUUGCAGAUAUGUGGCAGAGCUAUGGAUAUUGAAGGGAUGCUUCAUUUUUGGUUGCCAUUUUUUUGGACUGUGGGGAAACCCUGGUGUGGAAGCAGACUUGCGCUGAUGGUUGCCCUGCAGAGGCCUGAACCCCUUAUUGCUAUGUGAAAUCCCACACAUUAUUUUUAAGUGCGUACAGUUCAAAUCAUUGUUAUCGCGUAUUCCUUCAUGUCCCGAGAGAGGGGGGUUCCCUAUCGACAGAAGAUGGGAAUCAUGAAGACAAAAGGGUGGGAAGGUGUUCAUUGAUUGUCUUUUUUUCCGAUGAGCUUAAACUUGUUUUUGCAAUGCCAAUAUAGUAUCGUCCUCUCAUGAAUUUCAUUUAUUCUGCUCCUAGGUUUUUUAAUAGAGAAUGUACCACCCCCCCCCCAAAACCACGACAUAAAUUCCUUCAUUUGGGACUAUCUGGCUGAUUUCUCCUGGACUUACGGAGGGUCAUGUGUUUUGGUUUCGCAUUUUUACACUCAGUAAAAUGAUGGCAGCAUCAGCAUCAAUUCCUGUAGUUAAUUUCACGCCUUCAAGCAUUUGGAGACCGGAGAGGGCUUUUAAAUACAUCGGCAUUGACCAUUUUUCAAUUAAUUCCACGUGAGCUCAUUUUAACUGACUCUCAGGAUAAACUAAACAACUAAACAAGAAGGGGAGAAAAAAAAAAUCCAGCAACAUGAAUGGAAGCUCCUUUUUUUUCCUUGUAAACAGCAGCGUAACCAGUCUUUCAAUUCUGUUUUCAAAGAUGGUUUACAAUCUUAAACCUCGAUGCUGAUAUGCACACAUGGGUAUCUGGCUGAUCAUUUUACUGACCUGUAUGUAUUUUUAUGGUUUGUUGGCCUAUUUAAAACUGAAAAAUAAAAAAUCUUUAUUAGAAUA